AUGAGUCGCGCAUCACCAAAUUGCACAACACUCGAUCACUCAUUCACGGAACACCGUCGAAACACGAUCCCAAUCCAGGGGAAUGCCACAGACCGCGACUCUCUGCGUGCCAUCGCAGAUGCCACAAAGCUCCCGAAGCUCGGCAAGGCGAGCAUCACAGAGUAUCGAAAGCUCCUAUUGGACUACAAGAUGGAUGAGACGUUCGCAAAAACGUUCAAGAUGAAUGUCGCCGGCGUGCAGUUCUGUGCCGAGGCGUUCCUCGAGCUCCUGCGCAAGGCAACGAGCGUAUCAUAA